AUGUCAAAGCCUGUCUUCACAUUGGCCGAGGGCCAACCCGUUGUGGACCCUGCCGUUAGCAUUACGCUUCCUACCGCUGGAGGUGGUGGCCUUGUCACCCUCGCCGACACUGCUCUCCUCGAAACACUUGCUCACUUCAACCGCGAGCGCAUUCCCGAGCGCGUCGUCCAUGCCAAAGCCGCCGGCGCCUGGGGUGAAUUUGAGGUUACAAACGACAUCUCUAACCUGACGACAGCCAAGUUCCUCAGUGGUGUUGGCAAGAAGACUCCUCUGCUCUUCCGUCUGAGCACCACUGGAGGUGAAAAGGGCAGUGCCGAUACUGUUCGUGAUGUUCGUGGAUACUCGGUCAAGUUCUUUACCGAGGAAGGAAACCAUGAUAUUGUUGGAAACCACAUACCCGUUUUCUUCGUCCGCGAUCCCAUUCGCUUUCCCUCCCUCAACCGCAGCCACAAGAAGAACCCCGCGACCAACCGCCCUGACAUGAACAUGUUCUGGGACUUCCACACAAACCAACCGGAAAGCGUGCACUCCCUCAUGCACCUCUUCGGCUCGCGCGGCCUCCCCUCCUCAAUCCGCCGACUGACCGGCUUCGGCGUGCACACCUUCAAGCUCAUCGCCCCCGACGGCUCCUUCAACUACUGCAAGUUCCACUUCCGCCCCGAAAAGGGCGUUGCCAACUUCACGCCCAAGGAAGCGCAGCAGCUCACGGGGCUGAACUCUGAUUUCCACAACGCCGAUCUGUGGCAUGCGAUUCAGCGCGGCGACUAUCCGACGUGGAAGUUGUAUAUCCAGGUCAUGACGCCCGAGCAGGCGGAGAAGAGUGGGUUAAUUGUGUUUGAUAUUACCAAGGUGUGGCCGUUUAAGGAUUUCCCGCUGGUUGAGGUGGGCAGGAUGACGUUGAAUAAGAAUCCCGAGAACUACUUUGCCGAAAUCGAACAGGCCGCCUUCUCCCCGUCCAACAUGGUCCCAGGGAUCGCAGCAACCCCAGACCCAAUGCUCCAAGCCCGCAUGUUCGCCUACCCCGACGCCCAGCGCUACCGCCUCGGCGCAAACUACACCCAACUCCCCCCGAACCGCGCCAGAUGCGCAAUCUACCACCCGUACUCGCGCGACGGCGCCGGCACAAUCACAAACAACUACGGCGGCGACCCGAGCUACGUGCGCAGCAGCAUCAGCCCCGGUGUACGGAGCCAAUCCGUGCAAGAGGUGCGGCACACGGAGUGGCUGCGCUCGGGGGGCGUUCUCGGCCUUAAUGAGAUUCCGGUCACCGAGGAGGACUUUGUACAGCCGCGGGAGUUGUGGACGAGGGUCUUUGAUGAGGCGGAGAGGAGGCUUUUUGUCGUUAAUGUGGUGGACUCGCUCUCUGGUGUGCAGGACGGGUUGUGUAAAGCGGUUGUGGCGCUUUUUGGGAGGGUUGAUCCGACAAUUGCGCAGGGAAUUGCCAAGGGGUUGGCCGAUGAGGCGAAGCUUUGA